GGUCCCCAGAUGCUUGCAGGAGGAAGUGAGAAGGACCCAGCCUGGGCCUGGCUGGGCAAGGCCCUCAGUCACCUGCUCCCCUGACCACCCAGCACCAUGGCCCUGGCCCGGCAGCUGCGGUCAGAGAGCGACUUUGAGCAGCUUCCGGAUGAUGUGGCCAUUUCAGCCAACAUUGCAGACAUUGAAGAAAAGAGAGGAUUCACCAGCCACUUUGUAACCAAAGUCUACAUGGGUGUGAAACAGGAGAUCGCUGAGACACGGAUCCCUGCCCUCAACGCCUACAUGAAGAACCUCCUCAGCCUGCCGGUCUGGGUGCUGAUGGACCCUGAUGUCAGAAUUUUCUUCUACCAGACCGCCUAUGAUGCGGAGCAGGUGCCUCAGGCCCUCCGCCGGCUCCGCCCACGCACACGCAAAGUUAAGGGCAUAACCUCACAAGGCACCAACAUUGACCGCAUGGAGGCUCCGAGAGCAGAGGCCCUGUUUGACUUCACUGGGAACAGCAAACUGGAGCUGAGUUUCAAAGCUGGAGAUGUGAUCUUCCUUCUCAGUAGGAUCAACAAAGACUGGUUGGAAGGCACAGUCCAGGGAACCACAGGCAUCUUCCCAGGCUCCUUUGUGAAGAUCCUCAAGGACUUCCCGGAGGAGGACGACCCCACCAACUGGCUGCGUUGCUACUACUACGAAGACACUAUCAAGACCAUCAAGGACAUUGAAGUGGAAGAAGACCUCAACAGCACCCCACUCUUCAAAGACUUGCUAGCACUCACGAGGCGUGAAUUCCAGAGGGAGGACAUCGCCCUUAAUUACCAGGAUGCUGAAGGGGAUCUGGUCCGGUUGCUGUCAGAUGAAGAUGUGAGGCUUAUGGUGCGGCAGGCCCAAGGACUCCCCUCCCAAAAGCGCCUCUUCUCAUGGAAGCUUCAUAUCACCCAGAAGGACAACUACAGCGUGUACAACACGGUGCCCUGAGCCAGCGGGGUCAAAGAGGGGGAUACCUGGCAGAAGGCCUUCGCCCUCUGAGGACAGGAGGACCUUCAGGAAGGCUGGGAGGAGAUACAGUCUUCCUGGGCCUGAGGCUGCUGAGCCUCCAGGAUCCUACAAUAUUUUGACACUUAACCUCUGAAUUAAAUAAACCAUUUCAUCUCUGA